AUGGCUGCUAAAUCAAUCACACAUUUAGUUGCCCGUAGAUCUGACUCCUAUUUAGAUCGCAUGGAUGUUUGUUAUCGCCUAUUCUCGUACAUCAUCGUCGACUUAAAUCGCGUUAAGCGCGACAAACGCGCGUCAGUUAACGUUACACAAUGGACUGGCCAAUGGGGUGGUUUUUACGAACGAUGGGUAGCAAACUUUGGCUGCCUUUCAAGCAUCACUGCAGAUCGCAGACAUCAGUUCCAAUCUGGACUUUUCCGUCGUCUGACCACACGUUUAAGAAUCACUCGCUUCCGAACGACCGCCUACAACUCACACGCAAACAGGUUGGCAAAACACUUUCACCGACGACUAAAAGCUUCACUAUCAGCUGCAAACAUUUCACAGUGGACCGACGCUCUUCCACUCGUCUUACUAGGCAUUCGCGAUGCAGUGAAAGCUGACAUUGGAUAUAUAGCAGCUCAACUCGUUGAUGGAACGACACUCCGACUUACAGGAGAAUUCAGGGAUCCUUCAUCUUCCACAAAGAACAUGGAUCUAACCUCCUACACGAACAGGCGCACAAACACAAUGCGUUCAGUUAAACCUGUUUCCACUCGACCUCAAUCAACCGACGUCUUCAUUCAAUCAGUCUUACGAUAUAGUACACACGUUUUCGUUUGUCGAGACUCACAUCGACGAUUUCUCGAAUCAGAAUACGAAGAACCUUUCAAAGAUCUUCAACGCGAAUCCAAGUACCGUAUAGUCGAUAUGAACGGAGUCAACGAUAGAAUCAGCAUCGGUCGACUCAAAGCUGCGUAUUUAGAAGGAAAUCCUAUUCACGUCGAAUUUCCUUCGAUACAAUCGAUCGACACGUCUCCUACACUUAUAAUACCUCGUUCGACAGCCAACACACAUGAUGAUACUUCGGCUGUAUCAGAAUAUAAACUUAAAACAAUGCACUUUGGAAGAAGAGUAAGAAUUCCAGGACAUUUAAACAGCUAUUGCACGUAA